AUGGCAGCCGCUUCACGGUCAUCGCCUUCGUCAUCGGCCCCCAAGGAACGUGGCAUCCGUAUAGCCAUUGACCGCGGCGGCACCUUUACCGACUGUGUUGGCGAGCACAAUGGCGAGGACAUCAUCAUCAAGCUCCUCUCCGAGGAUCCCGCCAACUACAAGGACGCUCCCCUCGAGGGCAUCCGCCGCAUCAUGAGCCAUUUCCUCGGCCGCGAAAUCCCCCGCGGAGAGCCCCUUGACACGUCCAAGAUCGCCUCUAUUCGUAUGGGCACCACUGUGGCUACGAAUGCUCUCCUUGAGCGCAAGGGCGAGAAGAUUGCCCUGGUGGUGACCAAGGGGUUCAGGGACUGCCUCGCCAUCGGCAACCAGUCGCGACCAAGAAUUUUUGACUUGGCCAUCAGGAAACCCGAUGUUCUGUAUGAGACGGUCGUCGAGAUUGACGAGAGAGUGACGCUCGAGGACUACGCCGAGGACCCGUGCAGGAUCGUCACCGAGCCGGAAGCUCAGGUCGGAACGGAGGCGGCCCGGGGCAAACAUCUCGUCCGUGGUCUCUCUGGAGAGACGGUCCGAAUACUCACAAGAGCGCAAGAUGAGGAUAUCAGGGAACGACUGUCGGAAGUUUAUGGCAAAGGUAUCCGAAGUAUCGCCGUCUGCCUCAUGCAUGCCUACACUUUCCCCGACCACGAGGCCCAAAUUGGCCGCGUAGCCAGGGAGAUUGGCUUCAAGCACAUUUCGCUUAGCCACGAGCUUAUGCCCAUGGUUAAACUCGUCCCCAGGGCAACUUCAGUCUGUGCCGAUGCCUAUCUCACACCUGCCAUCAGGCGAUACAUUGACGGUUUUCAACGUGGCUUCCAGGGCGGCCUCGGAACGCAAAAGAUCAAGCCAGAUCAGGAGCACCAGGGAGCGCGCUGCGAGUUUAUGCAAAGUGAUGGCGGUCUUGUAGACGUCGACAAGUUUACCGGCCUGAAGGCCAUCCUCUCCGGACCGGCUGGAGGCGUCGUCGGGUACGCCGUAACUUCGUACGACGAGGAGACGAAAACUCCCGUCAUCGGCUUCGACAUGGGCGGAACAAGCACCGACGUCUCUCGAUACGGCGAAGGCCGCUACGAGCACGUUUUCGAGACCACCACCGCUGGCGUCACCAUCCAAUCCCCGCAGCUCGAUAUCAACACCGUUGCAGCCGGCGGCGGCUCGAGGCUAUUCUUCCGCAACGGGCUCUUUGUCGUCGGGCCCGAAUCUGCCGGCGCACACCCUGGACCCGCCUGCUACCGGAAAGGAGGCCCUGCUACCGUGACGGAUGCAAACCUUUACCUUGGCCGCCUGCUGCCGGAAUUCUUCCCCAAGAUCUUUGGCAAGAACGAGGAUGAAGGGUUGGAUCUUGAGGCGAGCAAGGCGGUGCUGCAGGAGUUGACAGAUCAAGUCAACAAGGAGACCGGGAAAUCCCUAAGCGUCGAUGAAGUGGCCUACGGUUUCCUGACCAUAGCAAACGAGACCAUGACGAGGCCUAUUCGAUCCAUCACCGAGGCCAAGGGUCACGACUCCUCCAAGCAUCGUCUUGCGACCUUUGGCGGAGCCGGUGGCCAGCACGCCGUCGCCAUCGCAGAAUCUCUUGGAAUCCGUCAGAUCCUUGUCCACCGCUACUCCUCAGUUCUCUCUGCCUAUGGCAUGGCCCUCGCCGAUGUCGUCGAUGAGCGGCAGGAACCCGACUCCACAGUCUGGGAUGACGACAGCGCCGCCAUCGGUGAGCUGCAGCGCAAAAUGGAAAAGCUGAAGGAGAAGUCUCGCGCGGCGCUGAAGGAGCAAGGUUUCGACGAUGGCGAGAUUGUGUUCCAAGAGUACCUCAACAUGCGCUACCGUGGAACCGAGUCGGCUCUCAUGAUUGUCAUGCCCUCUCCUGAGGAGGCCUCGGCUCACUUCGGCGGCAAGGACUGGGAGUUUGGCAAGGCCUUUGUAAGGCACCACCACUACGAAUUUGGCUUUACACUCGAUGACCGCGACAUCAUAAUCGACGACGUGAGAGUCAGGGGCAUCGGUAAAAGUUUUCGACACCAGGAGAAGACGGUGGAUCAGCAGCUCAAGGUGAUCAAGCAGCUACCUGUGACGGAGACAAAGUGUCACGGCACGAAGGCUGUCUUUUUCCAGGGCGGCCGGCUCGAGACUCCCGUUUACAAGCUGGAGAACCUUGAUAUCGGGGACGUCGUUACCGGCCCAGCCAUGCUUGCUGAUGGAACGCAGACGAUCGUCGUGACACCAGGGACAAAGGCCCUGGUCACGGGAACGCACGUCGUGCUAGAUAUCGGGAGCGAGCCCAAGGAUGAGUAUGCCAAGCCCAACUACUGGUUCAUUGCGCAUUGUACAUGGCUAACUCGAGCCAGAUCCCACAGGGACCGGUCCGCGCGCGAGGUGGACCCGGUCAUGCUCUCUAUCUUUGGCCACCGCUUCAUGGCCAUUGCUGAGCAAAUGGGCCGGGCCCUCCAAAAGACAAGCGUCAGCACAAAUGUCAAGGAGCGUCUCGACUUCUCGUGUGCCAUCUUCGACGCUACCGGCGGCCUUGUCGCCAACGCGCCGCACCUUCCCGUCCAUCUGGGAUCAAUGUCAACGUGUGUCAAGCGACAGGCCGAAAUCUGGAAGGGCAAGCUAGCCAAGGGGGAUGUCAUCAUCGCCAACCACCCCUCGUACGGCGGCACCCACCUGCCCGACGUAACGCUCGUCAUGCCGGCCUUUGAUGACAAGGGCGAGAAGAUUCUCUUUUACGCGGCAUCGCGAGCUCACCACGCUGAUAUCGGCGGCAUCACCGCCGGAAGCAUGCCGCCCCACUCCCGCGAGCUCUUCCAAGAAGGUGCCGCGAUUCGAAGCGAGAAGCUCGUCAGCGGUGGCAAAUUUAAUGAGAAGCGCGUGGUUGAGCUCUUUUACGAUGAGCCAGCCAGGUAUCCUGGUUGCAGCGGCACGCGAUGCCUCGCCGACAACAUCAACGAUCUCCGCGCUCAGGUAUCGGCCAACCAAAAGGGCAUCUCCCUCAUCGACAGCCUCAUCGAGGAGUACGGUGAAGAGACUGUCCAGUUUUACAUGGUUCAGAUCCAAGAGAACGCCGAGCAGUCGGUCCGAAAGCUGCUCAAGAACGUGCACAAGCGUUUCGAGGGCCGAGAACUCUCCGCCAUCGACCACAUGGACGACGGCUCCCCUAUUCAGCUGAAGAUUAGCAUCGAUCCCGACAGUGGCAGUGCCGAGUUUGACUUUGAGGGCACCGGCGCCGAGGUCUACGGCAACAUCAAUGCCCCCGAGGCCAUCACGUACAGCGCCAUCAUCUAUUGCCUCCGCUGCUUGGUAUCGGAAGACAUUCCCCUGAACCAGGGGUGCCUGAAGCCUAUCAAGGUCAAGAUUCCGCCCAAGUCUAUUCUCUCACCGUCUCCAGGGGCCGCCGUUGUCGGAGGCAACGUAUUGACGAGCCAGCGCAUUACGGAUGUUAUCUUCAAGGCAUUUCAGGCCUGCGCCGCCAGCCAGGGGUGCUGUAACAAUCUCACAUUUGGCUUCGGUGGCAACCAGCCGGGUGAGAAGGCCGUCAAGGGCUUCGGCUACUACGAAACCAUUGCUGGCGGUAGCGGAGCCGGGCCUGACUGGGAGGGCACGUCUGGCGUGCAUGUUCACAUGACCAACACACGCAUCACAGACUCGGAGAUUUUUGAACGGCGAUACCCCGUUCUCCUUCGCGAGUUUUCCAUCCGGAAAGGCUCUGGCGGUGCGGGUCAGCACCGCGGCGGCGACGGCGUCGUUCGCGACAUUGAGUUCCGCAUCCCUCUGCAGGUCUCGAUUCUCAGCGAGCGCCGCGUGUACCACCCGUACGGCCUCCAUGGCGGUGAGGACGGGGCCUGCGGUCUCAACCUGUGGGUGCGAAGGGUGGAAAUGUCCAACUGGGAUAAGUCACUCGCCCAAUUCCACGAGAUUGGCGGUAGAAAGGAGGACCCCGAAGUCGAGACGGAGUACGAGGAGCGGCACAUCAACCUGGGAGCCAAGAACAGCGCCGAAAUGAAGGCCGGGGACCGCAUCAUUGUCUGCACUCCCGGUGGUGGUGGCUGGGGCCGUCGUGGCCAGCAGAGCGUUGCGAAGCAACUCGUGGAUCACACAGCGAGCUGGCGGAAAGGAAGCGGGGCGACAAGAGAAGACACGGCGUUGCAAUCAUAA